AUGUCCGGACGGCCAGUAUUCGGAGGAAUGUUCGACAUGAUGUACAAGGGCGCCGCGCCGAGCAACGAGCCACCAGCCGAGGGGGAGAGCGGACAGGGCGGACAGGCGCAGGGGCAGCGACAGCCCAACCCACCGACCACCGGUUUCAGGAUGGGUAUGCCGCUGCAGGGAUUUACCAACAGACCGAGGGCACCGGCGAUGAUCAUGAAGAGAGAGGGAGAAGAUGGUCCCAGUAUUGGGCUCGAUCAGAGACCGUUCGGCCAGCAGGAGAAGAAGGCAAAGCCACCUCAAUUCGACUUUCGGUACGAUGAUACGGACACUCUGAUGAAUGAGCUCGAAGAGUUCUAUCCGUACGUCGAAAUGUCAGACAUUGGCACCAACGCGCAAACAUUCAAAGAGUCUUUCGACGGCGACUGGACAGAAGCAAAACUUUCCGUGCGCAAGUCUUAUAUCGAACUCCAGCUCGAACAUUUUGAGUCGCCCAAUCAACAAAUCCGCCGUCUCGCCCAGGGUCGCCUACUCUACCUCCUCCAGGGCUGUUUCGAAGAGACGACAUCGCCCGAGAUGCAGUUGCAUUGGGUCAUUGAGAAUGCCAAAGCGGUGAGAGCGGUGGACGGUGUUGCGACCAUUGUGUAUGGGCUGAGGGAUGCCUCGAGAAGGUACAACUCCUCGUCGUGGGACAAGCCUUCUUCGGGAGCUUUACCAUCUGGGACUGUGCCAGCUCAGGUUGAUCCUUACGAUGACCACAGUGCUGAGCUCAUGGACCUGCUCGCCAUGCUCUAUUUUGUCGUCGAAGUGCUGCGUACGGACGACACCUUCGGAGACGAGCUGAUGGCAAUCACUCCCUCUCUCCCUCUCAUCCUCUUUCAAAUGAUCUCCACUCUGCGCGACAAGAUCCCGCGAGGAUACCCGGUCAAGAAGGUGCUGCUGCUUCUAUGGAAGACGUUGUUGGCGUGUUUGGGUGGUAUGCGAGAGGUGCAGCAGGCUAUGGCUUUAUCUCGAGAAUCCGCAGGACUGCCCAACACCAAAUAUUUCACGAAAGCCUCUCCUAUCGACAUUGCCAACUGGCGCCGCGACACCUCCACCAAAUACCCCACCUUCGCCCCUCCCACCACCUCCUCCUCCUCCCUCCCCUCCGAUUACUCCGUCCCCCACGAAAAACUCGCCGAAGGAAUCCGCCCCAUCCCGCCCAGGCCAAACUACCACUCCACCGAACUCCCACCCACCCUCCCCCGCGCCUAUCCGCCAGCUAGUCAGGGGCAAGGCGAAGCAGGGUACGCGGGGAAUAUGAUGCCUGGAACCCCUGCGCCGUCUCCCCCGCCGUCGCCUGCGCCGAUGGUACAAGGCCCGGGGCCGCAGCAGAAGAAGAAACAGCAGUAUCAGACGGACCCCAGUCGGCCUUUUGUUUUUCCGUACUCGCAUACUUCUGGGGCGACGCCGCUGGGGCUGGUACCGUUUGCGAUAUCAGAAGCGGACCGGUUGUAUCAUCGACACGAGUACAUCUCUCUCGGCUUACUUCAGAUGUGGGAGACGCGCGAAGAAUAUAUGCGUGAAGAACGCGGGCUGGGGCGGAAGGGUUUGAUCGGGUUUACGAAUGGAUACGACGGGGAUCAAGAAGAGGACGAGGAAGAGGUGGAAGCGAUGGUGAGGGAGUGGAAAUAUGAGCAGGAAGAGAUGGAGUGUGAGAGUGCGGGGGAUCGGGAGGGGGCGAGGAAGGCUAGGGAGAGGAGGAUGGCGUCGAAGCGGUUAAGGAGGGUUGAUGAGAUUCACAAAAAGACGUUGCCGAUAAUGCAUUCGUGCAUGAUUGCGCUCCUCAAGCUGCUCCUCGCGACCGUAACCUCCCCCGGCGCGGGUGGUGUCAAUCUUCAGAAUUCCAAUCUUCCUCCAGGAUUACAUUCGCCUACUCAAGAGAUGCCUCCGCCAGCUACACAAGAGGAGAUUGACAUUUCGAGGCACCGAGAGAUCACGUCGAAAGCUGUUUCUGCUAUCAUUAUCCUUCUUUUGAAAUGGUUCAAGGCGUCCCAUAUACUCAAGUUCCACCUGUUGACGCAGAUGCUCUUCGACUCGAAUUGCGUCUUGCUGCUGUUGAAGAUGUUUGGGUUGACCGAGAUUACGCCGGUGAUCACUGCUCGUAAUGAGAUCGAAGAGCUCAACUUUUUCAAUUACUGUUACUUGAACCACAGCCGCAACCCUCCCACCAACCACGACCCCGCCGAGCUCCGCCACGAUCGCCGUCCUUCUCCGAACGAUCCUACCCCGGAAGGCGCACAAUUUUCGAGCGAUUACUCGUGGAGGAAUUUCUUCUCGACGAUCAACUUUUUAAAGGUGAUGCAGAAGGUCACGAAACAUAGGAGUCAUCGGACUUUUGUUAUGAGUUCUUAUAAGAGCUGGCAAAUUUUGAAGAGGAUGUUGAAGGUCAACCAUCCGAUGAUGCAGCUUCAGAUCUUGAAGCUUAUCAAGAGUCAAAUGCCUUGGUGUGGACGAAAGUGGCGUCAAGCGGCGGGUAACAUGAAGGUCAUCACUUCGAUAUAUCUCAACUGCCGACCUGAGCUGAGGGAUGAUUGGUUGGCGGGGACGGACCAGGACUCGGAGCUAGAGGAUUCUAUGCCACAAGACAACGCUCUUCGCACCCUCGUAAGCUUUUACAACAUGCGCCUCUACACUCCACCCACUCCCCUCUCCCCCGACGCCUCCUCCCACGCCCGCCGCCAAUCUACCUCGCACAACCCCAUAUUCGAAGACCCCGUUCUCAACACUUCCCAAACGCACUUUGGCCCAGGCCAACCCCAACACCGCCGGUCAGACUCCACCUCGGGCCAGUCAACGGGCAGCGAGCACGAUGUCUUCCCGCCGAGGAAGAGCGACUCGCCCGCAGGCGCUGGGGCUGGGGGCAGUUAUAAUCCGGAUGAGAUGAUUGAAUUUUGGCUGCACGAGUAUGAGGAUGUGCUUGGGGAGGUGUUUGGGGUGGAGGGCGGGAAUGAGGUGUUGCAUGAGUUUGGGCUGGCCAGUGGGAUGGCGAGUCUGGGGAUCGGGAAGGGUGAUGAUGAUGAUGAUGCGCAGACGCCUGGUGUGGAGGAUAGGGCGUGGAGCCGGUUGAAUGAGAUUAUGCGAGGAGGUAAUGAGGAGGAUAUUAGUGAUUCUGAGAGUGUGGUGUCUGUUGGGGAGCUUGGGGAUGAGGCGAGGAUGGGUGGAACUGGGUUUGGUGGCAAUAGAGAAGUCGAAGAGGACGGAGAGGAAGUGGUUGAUGAUGGAAAGAGUCGAGUGGGGAUGGGCAAGGGACGGAGGAGGAGUGGUGCUGGAGAAAACACUUGGGAGCAUAUGUCCCCUACUCUUGCACUCCUUCCUCGUUCUCCCAUCGAACGCCGCCGCUCUUCCUCCGGCGGCUCUCCCCUCCGCCCCAUCGUCCCCACUUCCCCGCUCAACCUCGACCCCUUCGGACACAACGACGUCUUUGAUGAAGAAGAAGAGUUUGAAGUUGACCCGAGAGGACCGAUGCCGAUCAAGAUGGAUACGAGGGAUCAUGAAGAGAGGGAAGGAGGGGCAGUGGAUGAAGUGGAGUAUACGUAUGGAGAGUAG